AACAUCAAAUGGGUACUUUCAGAGGGAUCCAAAAUCAAGAAUGCAAAUUCUAAAUAUUAUCUAGAAACAGCCUUCAGAAUAAAUUCAAUCGGAUUCAAAAAAUUCAAAAAUGGACUCCACAUCAACCAGGGCAGAAACUACAAAUGGAUUAUCUACAGAUGUCUUACUUUCUUUGACACCAGUUCAGAACAACACAGACACAUUGGUUAAACACUGCAAAGACAUUCUGAUGUCAUAUUUAAUAAACCAAUCACACAUCAAGGAUGCAUUCUUCCCUGAUGAAAAACUAAAUCGGAUUCGAGAUGAAGAAAUUAUUGAUUCUGAUUGGUUCGACUUUGAAUUUCUUGGCAAUUUGUUGAUGUUUAAAAAUGUGUAUCACAUAAAGGAUACAUAUAAGAUAAACAAAAUGGUGGAUGGUAAAACAGUUGAGGAAUUGUUGAAGGAUAUAUGCAGUAGUUCAGACUGGAAAAAGUUGGGGUUCAAUAUAUACACAUCGCUGUUCCCAGACUUUGUGAAAGACCGGCUAACAAAUCUGACAUUUAGAAAAUUCAUGGAAAAUGGAGCAUACUGGGCCAGGGAACUGUCACAGAAGAUGUUAGGUCAGAAUUGGGUCUAUUCGGUGCUGCACCCUUUAACAAAGGGCAACUACACAGAGGGCCAGUUUAGAAGGGAUAUGAAUAUUCAGUUCAUGAAGUUACAUCUUUUGGACCCCCAGUCUGUUAUGAUAACAUUCAUGGAACUACAAAGAGUGCUACCAAAGAUGAGCCUUGAUCUAGUUACGACAGAUUACCUUGGAGGACCAAUCAUAUUUGACAAACAGAUUUCCGAUAGUAUUACGAAAGCAGUUAACAAGGCCACAUCCCCGACCCAUGCGUCUAAACUGAGUCUUGAUGAACUUGAGAUCUUUUAUGGCGAAGCAGUUAUUAAAUUCAUUACAUCGCAUGGGAAGGAUUUUGGAAUUUGGACAGGAUAUUCUCCGGAUAAUCGUAAAAUAUCUCGGUUUAAGGAUAGAUGUAUCAUACUAUAAUGUUCAACUUUGAAUAUAACAUUACAUGCAUAUUAAUAGUGUUAUGAGCUGUGUUUUUGUGAGAAGGCUUGAAACCUUUUGCAUGGUGUCAAGUAAAACUUUUUGCAUGGUGUCAAGUCCUCUAUUUGGAGUAUUCUGAUAUUCUCAAAUCAUUGUAAAAUACAUGUACAGUGAACCUUAGAUUAAAAGUUGUACAUAAAACAUUAAUGUACACUUGCCAUAUAAAACCUUUGAAUUCUGAUUACGAAUCUUAAAUCAUAAUAAAGUAUUAUGUUCACAUUG